AUGGUUACUUCAACCCCUUAUUAUGCACAGGCCAAUGGACAGAUUGAGACAGUGUAUGGGCAUGAUGCCGUUUUACCAUUAGAAAUUAAUCUUAAUACUUUGAGAGUAUUGAAGCAAGAUGAUUUGCCAGUGAACAAUUAUUGGAACGCAAUGUUUGAUGAGUUAAAUGAUUUAGACUCAGAGCGUAUAUUGGCGCUUGAAAAUAUGAUCCGACAGAUUGCUCGAAGUUAUAAUCGUCGAGUAAGGGAGAAAUGUUUUAGUAUUGGGGAUUUGGUUUUAAAGGUCAUUUUGCCAAUGGAAAAGAAGUCGAGAUUUCUUAGCAAAUGGUCCCAUACUUGGGAAGGACCUUUUCAAAUUAUUGAAUUAUAUUCUGAAAAUGUGUAUCGAAUCAAAGAUAUCAAGUCUGGAAAUAUAGUUAAUUCGGUAAAUGGAAAGUAUUUGAAGUACUACUAUUGCUCGUCAAACCAAAGUUAA